AUGAUGUUGGGACUAGGAAUGCAGGCCCAGGCUAUAUUUGAUGGUAAGCAUUCAUAAUUAUAAAUAAUUGAUCUAGGCUCCAGCUCAAACACUGUAAAAACCGAGACAUGUAUACAUGAAGUGAAUACCAUGGUUGUUUCCACAUUCCACCUCCUAACAGCCAGUGUUGUUUCUUUCUCCCCAGGUAUCGAGAGGCUGUGUUCUAAGAGGGAUGAGUUGAACCGUCAGAUCCAGCAGGAGGAGGAGGAGAAGGGUCGUCUGCAGCACGACAUCUGUGUCCUCACCGAGAAACUAAGCCGCGUCAAUGAGAGUCUGGCUCGACGACUCUCCGUCCGCGCUGACUUUGACCGCACCAUCUGCGAGACCAAGGGUGCCUAUACGAAGGUCAGGACAAGCCAGGGUUUAGGGUUUCUAUUUUUCAUAUUUUUUCUGUGGUGUGUGUAUUUCUGUGUUAAAACCAUGAAAGCAUAUUAUGUGAGCUUUACAGUACAUAUCAAUUUGACUGCAAAAGGACCUGUAAAUGUACUGGGUAAGACAACAUUCUCCAUGUCUUCUGACUCUCAAAAGAACGCUGGAUGGAAUUAUUUGCAGCAAUUCCAGACAGCAAACAUCCCACGUGUUAUCUUAAUAUCCAACUCCCUUGGUGUUACUAAUAGCCUAAUGGCAGAGCAAACAAACGCCCAUAAGUGUUGUUAAUUAAAAACAACUGAGUGCUCAGAGCCAGACUCUUCCAAUCAAAUUGUUGCACAGCAGAUUGUCUGAUUAAAGUGGUAGUCUAGCUGUAUCCGAUCCCACUUGACUCAGUCUAUGGUAUUUCAUACAGUAAAUGCAAUGGGUCUUAUGUUGAUUCAUGUCUUACACUCUCUUAGAUUCUGGAGAGCUGUCAAACACUGCUGAGUGUACUAAAGAAGGAAGCAGGAAAUCUCGGCAAAGCCACUGAACCCGGAAGGAAAGACCACUGA